ACCUUCUUCCCUUGCGCUCAGCUACGCGCAGGACGUACAGAGGUGUAUCGCCAUUGCUGAACACAAGACGAAAUGCGUGAACCACAAGAUCUUUGCCCAUGCUCGAGAAUUCGUCAGGCACGCAACGAGCGACAAGCGACAUCUGUGCCACCUGAACGUCUCGUCCAUGAGCAUCCAAGCCCUGGCACCUCACAUGAAGACCAAGUGUCGGCACACUGCCGUGAUGAAACGAGCCCUCACGUGUGCUCUCCAGUUCCAGAAUACUCUCGACGGCUACGUCAAAAACAAGCCCCCCAUGACACUUGCUUGCGGAUACGUCACCCGGCUCCAGGAAUGUCUGACGUCUUCAUUUGAAGGCACCGAAUGCGUCGGGGACUCGAGCGUAAACGCCCAACUCCGGGGCUACAAGCGAGUGCUGCAGGAUGCAUACAACCUGAACUGCGAGGCAGCCCGUCGUAACGCUCCAAACAGAGCAGAGCAAAUGCGUAGGAGAGGCGAGGCGAGGAUAUCGAGGAACAAGGUGGUCUCCUCGAGAAUGGGCAAGCGCUUGAAGCAAAACGUGCUGAGACGCUAUCUGAGUCAGUACGCGCACAUGUCCGAGCAGACCGGAGGCCGAGGAAGCUACGACGAAGACGACGAUUACGAGCUCAUUUCCAAACGCCAGAAACCAGUGUUUAUGAGCCCAGCAGGCAAGUUGAUGGAAGAACCAGACGGUUUCCGUGACGACGACAGCUACGACUUGUUGCGAUCCGAGGGGUACCAGUACCAUGACUUGAACAGGAAGAACCAACGGGAGCUAGAGGACUAUGAAGAUUUCGCAGACCUCGAGCCAGACGUCCGUCCACGCGCGGGCCGUCGGCACCAUCGUCGUCAAAAGAAAGGGCGCGCCAGAGAUGGCAGGACCAGGAAGCUGGUGGCCGACCCGCUGGUGGCGGGCAAGGCAAGGCAUGCCAAGCGUGACAAGCGGCGAAAGCUUGCGUAUGAGGACGAGUACUUCUUCGACAACGAGCCUGACGAGGAGUCUGUGAUCUCGGGCCUACCCGACAACAUGGCCAUGUUCCAACACAUCAAGCACAGGCCUGAACUGAACGUGGAACGUCUGAUUAGCAGAAACACAAGCGCCAACUCCUCCGUGGCGACCAACAUGGCUGGUCAAAAAGAAUCCCCGUGCAACAGUGGUGAUCUGCAGAAUGAGGUGAACAAGUGCAACGUCACAUUAACGAAACUGGUGUCCUUGUGGCCCCAGUCGUUGACAAAGCAGUCCGACCUGGCCAUAAGUAAAGAAACGUACGACGCAACGAUCUGCAGUGACGUGAGAAGCUACAACGCGUGCCUGACGUUUGCCAUGCAAGCGACCGGGUGCGGCGAACAUCUUCCCACGCUGAGGGCAAUCCUCAAAGAGCAGCAGCACCGCUUCGGUCUGGGCUUCUGCACGUCCGGCAACAAGCGCAGCCGUCCCGUAGUACUACUGCUGUUCGCAUGGCUCACAUUGUUCAGGUUGCUCCACAAAGGCCAGCAACUGCACUUGUAGAAUA